AUGUUCAAUAGUGAGGGUUAUGAUUUUGUUACAAAAUCUCUUGCCCUUCUCUAUGUAUGGUGUUCAGAAACCAAAGAGAAUGUUAGUAUUGUCUCUAAAAUACUCCAAAAACAAUAUAUACAGCUUGCAAAAUUCAGCUUUGAGUAUGACGGAAUUAAGUUCACCAUGAAACCAAAAUAUAUGAGUGCAGAUUACAGCAAUGCUGCAAAAAGAUGGAAUCAUAAGACAAUGGAUCAUCAUGAGAAAGAAACAUCAACCACUCAUCACUUGCCUAUUAUCGAUUCCGAUGAUUCUUCGACCUUGUUGUUGGAACGUUUAUCCGAACUAGAACUCACCACAACAGCAACCACAACAACCAUAGAACCAGUGGACACAUUACCUUCGACCACAACCACUCCUUCUUCGAAUCAUCAUCAUCCUUCUGCAUUCGUGCAAUCAUCGUCAUCUUUAUCCAUGAUUGAGAAAUCCAAUAAUUUCAUCAAUCAUCGAUGUAAGGUCCAUGAACAGAAAAUGAUGGAAUGGAAUCAAAAUGCAAUCCAACAACAAGUAUUUCACCAAGUCGUACUACCAACAUCCUUCACUACUACUACUACUAGUAAUGAACAAACAGAACAACAUGUUGACAAGAUAAACGAUCAAGAAAAUGAAGAAAUGAUUCCACCACCUGUGUCUCAACAUUUCCAUCAUGAAGAACAGUCGUCACCUUCCUCCGAAUCACCACAACUACAACAACAACAUGAACAACAGCUUUAUUCAUCAACUUCUUCUUCUUCCUCUCAUCCAUCUUCCUCCUCCAACAACAACAUCACCACACAGCAACCUUUUAAUAUCCUUCCAAUGCCCACCACCACCACCAACACCUCCGCCAUGCAUUACUCAAACAGUUCAAAUUCAAUGGUUCUCACUCCUCGAUCUCAAGCUCUCAUGGAUAAACGAAGGAAUACUCUCAGCAUUCAACCUUAUUUUGUACAUAAGAGAGGUUCACAAGAAUUGCCAGAAUUAAUUCCUCCAACCAAUCCCUAUCGAAAAAUUGCAACUCUUUCAAAUUUAAAAGCAUCUCCACAACAACAAGAAUCAUCACUUGGUGGUAGUAGUGGUGGUGGACUCGUCAAAGUGACAUCCAUGCAAUCAAGCAACAGCAACACCUCUUCACAUCCUCCUAAUGUGACAACAACUGUGAAUGGAAACCAUGUAGUGUCUACAUCGAAUGUCAAGUUGUCAUCUCCAACGAGUUCACCCACACUUGCCAAUAGUUCAGCAACAUUGAAUUUAUCUUCUUCGAAUUCUCCACAUCAAGAUUCUUCGUAUUUGAAAUUUAGACAAGCCUUAGAAAAUGAUGAUUAUUCACUCAUUGAUUUUGGAAUGGAAGUGAAUAGUGCUCAAACGAGUGCUUCAGAAAUUACUUUUCCAGUUCCCAAAUCAACAUCUGACCCCUUUCAACGAGGAGCUGCUUUUUAUGGAUCUGAAAAAUUAGGAUCUCAACAAGGAAAUUAUUAUUUUAAUAAUCCACAAACAUCCACUGCAGAAUCUUGUCGAAAGAAUUCAGUGAUUGAUGAUUCACUUUCAGAUAAUGGAUAUUCUCCACCAACAGAAAUUACUCGACAUUAUGAAUUGUAUAUCAUUUGUAUUGGAGAUUUGGAUCAUUGUCUUGUCAAUACCAUGUUAAAAACUGCAGGAGGACACAUGUACACUGCAAAUCGACAAGUGAGCUUUAUUUUGAAGAAUACCAGUGAGAAGGUGACUUUUAGUUUCAAUUUUUAUUCGCAAUUUAAUUGGUAUUUGAUGGAUUUUUUGAAAGAUGAAGCCAAAGAUUGUCAUGGAAUGCUCUUUCUCUUUAACAUUACACACAAUGAUGGAUGGAACGAACUCAAACAAAUCAUUUCCGAAAAAUACAUUAAUGUUCCCGAUUUCACAAAACCCUCACUCGUGUUGGGAACGUACAGUCAUUCGAAUCGUAAACCAAGUGUGGUCGAUACCUCACAAGUCAUUAGUGUGAUUGAUAAAUGGAAAGAAAAGCAAAUAGUGACCUAUCUUGAAAUUGAUGUAGAAGAUAAAGAUGAAUGCAAAAUGGCACUCACUCAUCUCGCCACUGCCAUCAUACAGAAUUUACAAGAUAAGAAACAUCAUGAUUCACGAAGUCGAAUCUCACGAGGAAAUUUAUUAUUACUUUCCAAAAUUUGUGGCUCUGUUUCUGAUGUGGAUUAA